AUAAUUAUUUAUUUAUUACAGUCAUGACUACCUCUCGAUUUCUGAGCUGACUAUUGCCUUGGCCUUGGUGCAUCUGGUAUGGGAACGGUUUUUGGAUGUCAGAGUUCUCUGCUGUCUGCCACAGUGCAAGCCAGUGUUUGAAACUUUGAUUGUUUACGGGUCUCACGUUUGCAGUGGAUUGCAAACGAUUCUGGUUCACAAUGCACCAAUGAUCACCGUUCUUCUCCAUUACAUUGGAGCAAAUCCGAGACAGUUAGCGGACAUCAGCGGAUGCUUCAGUCCUCUUUAGAGGCUAGUGGUAGCCAACAUGCGUCCGUGCUCGGUAUCGAGGGGCACCUUUGUUUGGUGCUCGCUAGUUCUUCUGAUGAGCAGCAGUAGCAGUGACUGUCAGAACCCGAUCGUUAGUGACCUAUCUGGUUAUCCUGGUCGAGGAUACUCGCUAGAAAUUGGAUUGGGCACACCAGAACAGAAAUUACGUGUUAUUCUGGAUACUGGUAGCAGCAACUUUGCAGUGGCCGGCAAAGCUCAUAAGUACCUCAGCACCUUCUUCAACGCAUCACUAUCAACAAGUUACAAUGGUGCGGGUAGCCGAGUUAGUGUGACAUACACGGAAGGUUACUGGGAAGGUGACCUAGCCCACGAUAGGCUGUCGAUUAGCCAGUUCACACCGCUCAUCGUACAGUUAGAAGCAAUCGAUGCCAGCCAAGACUUCUUUGUGCAGGGUGCCGACUGGCAGGGAAUCCUGGGACUUGCAUAUGCUAGCCUUGCAAAGCCCAGCAGUGCAGUGACACCAGUGUUUGAUUCACUCGUCUCGACUGGCACCGUAUCAAGCAACAUGUUUUCCAUGCAGUUGUGUGGCACCGUGGAUACGGCACGCGCGCUGGAUAUCAGCACCGGCGGAAAGUUUGUGCUGGAUGGUAUUUCCCCUUCUCUUUUCUCUGGAGAAAUCCUGUACACGCCACUGGUGCGAACAGGCUAUUACGAAGUAGUGAUGAACCAGGUCUCUGUCAAUGGGCAAGACUUGGACUAUCCAUGCGUUGAGUACAACACACCGCGCACAAUAGUGGACAGUGGGACAACAGGAUUACGCUUCCCAACGAAAAUCUACAAUCAGAUCGUCGCAAUUCUGCGAGAAUAUGCCGUGAACAACAUUGAUGGUAACCUGAGGAAGUGUCCACAGACUGAUGGGUUCUGGAAAAGUACAGAUGCCUGCUGUAUCCAGCCAUCGCAAAGUGAUGCUCUAUUCCGUGGCUUCCCAAAUAUCACCAUCUCCAUGUCUGAUGACAGCGAUGCGUUUAAGGAGUUCAAGUUGGUUAUUCCGUCACAGCUAUAUCUACAAGCAGAGCUUUCUGCCAAGGGACUUUUGGACUGCUAUAAAUUCUUUGUCCUGCCCUCUGAAUACGGAUCAGUGCUUGGUGCUGUGCUAAUGGAGGGAUACUAUGUCGUGUUUGACAGGCAGAAUAAGCGAAUCGGAUUUGCAAAAUCCACAUGCGAAGUGAGAGACGCCAACUUUCAAAAACCUGCUGUGGUUCAAUCUGCUCCUGUUAAAAGCAAUGCCAGCUGUAUCCAUGCAACCCAGCCGGCGAAGAGCUCUAACAGCCAGGUGAUCGCUGUAGCUGCUGGUGUGAGCAUCGGUGUUAUCGUGGUUGUGUUUGUAAGCGUGCUGUGCUUCAACCGCAAGUGCUGCAGUGGCAAUGCGGACCGAUAUGAUACUCAAAGUGGUGAUGAAGACGGGCGAGGUGCCACAGAUUCCCAGCUAGGAGAGUACACAAACUCGAAGCAUCUGUUGGAGGACAGCGAUUCAUAGUGGCUUCACUCCGCAUGUCUCCACUGUUUACUGGAGUGCAGUUCAAGUAUCGUACAGCUAUCACUGAAUAUGGUCACGGGUGCGUAGAGAAGCUGCUCUCCAUCCGAUGCAUGUCCACGCCAUUGUUCUGAGAAUAGUGCAGCCUAUCUAGACGUGUAGCUAUCCACAGUGCCUCUUUGCCUUGAGCCGGGGAUAGCUGGUAAGUGUAGUACAGUGCUAGUUUGGAAUAUUGCCAGCUGCUGCUGCCCACGCCGCUUUGUUCUCUCUGUUAUCUUAACUAGUGCACCGUGCAUGACCUAGCCUGCAGCACUGUAACUCAUAUUGCACUAACUUAUGUAUUCACUUGACAAGCUGGCUUGUGCAGGUAUGACUAUAGUCUAUAACAUUAGAGCGUGCUGCACGUCUUUAUAGAAACAACAUUGAUGCAAUGACACCGACCUUACGACUGAUACGCUACGCUUUGAAUUGCAGUUUUGACUUGAGAGUUCUUGUAGAUUCUUUCGUAAGAUAUGUAUUUAAAAACAGUUUUCAUGCAUCACAAUACAAAACAACUUUGCGGAUAUG